AUUCCGGCUUCUCUCGCGUUCGGGUUUGGCGCGGUCUACAUGAUUUGUGCAGUUGGGGUAUACGUAUGAAUGACCUUAUUCACGUCAAACAUUGGGGAAGAGCCGGUGACACCUCCGAUUCCGCCCCGCCCCGCCCCGCCAAACGCCCUUUGCCCUCUUCGACAACUACGCCUUCUUCUGUCAUAACCUGAACCCACCAUGGCGGGUCCAGUACCCAUGUUCACGGCGGUCACCUCUUCCUCCCGUCAACUCCUUCUCCUUCUCCGCUGCAUCUCGUUCGCCAAGAUGGCUCAAGUUCGCAUCUCCGCCGAAGGCAUUCGCUUCAGCACUGAAGAGGGUAGUGCAAUGGAGGCAUUCAUCUUCCUCGAAAAGGCCUUCUUUUCAUCCUACACCUACCGUCCACCUCCACCAUCCUCCUCCCAAGAUGACGCUCCUGCGACCCCGAUAUUCGAAAUCAACUUAACCUCCCUUCUCGAAACACUGAGCAUCUUCACGCUUUCCGACCCAAACGCUGCCAAAAAGCCUGGCGAAUACGACUCAUUCGCCGCUCAUCGUCUCAAUCGACACGCAGGGAUCAACGCCUUCUCUCAUCAAGCUCUAGGCAUGAGUGGGAUCUGCCGCUUCACGUACGAGGGCGAUGGCAGUCCACUUGGCAUUCACAUGUCGGAAUCCGGCGUGACAACGACCUGUGACCUUACUACCUAUGGCGCGGACAGCACAGAGGAGAUUCCGUUUGACCGAGAAGCCAUUGCCCUCAAGACAAUCAUGCGCUCAUCCGUACUACUCGAGGCCAUUUCAGAGUUAAGCUCGAUGAAUCCCACGAGCUUAGCCAUUCUAGCGUCGCCUUCUUCGCGUUCAACCUCGUCAAACCUCUCACUUCAGGCUUCUGGCGCUCUUGGAUCGCUUGCUGUCGAUUUCACCACCGAUCCCUCCUCUGAUGCACCCCUUCUCGAAACUUUCCACUGUCCCUCCCGCGUGAACGCGACUUUCAAGUUUAGCCUGAUCAAAUCGGCGCAGAGAGCAAUGGGCGCGGCGAACAAAGUGUCCAUGCGCUUGGACGAGGAAGGAGUGCUAAGUCUGCAGUUUCUUGUGGAGGUUGAGGCUGGUUCAGCGGGUGGAGAGGGCGUUGCAUUUGUGGAUUUCCGAGUUGUGCCAUUGGUGGAAGGCGAGGCAGAGGGGAUCAACGGCCUAGAUGGUGAGAGCACCGAUGAGGAGUAGCUGAUUCGCCUUUACCAAUACAAAUUCAACCCAGCCUCGCUGCACCUGCCUUCGAUAUCGCCAUCGCUCUCGUAAAACUGUGGAGCGUCUUCGUAGCCCUGCUCCACCAUUCACCUCGGCUUAAUACCUUUACCGGCC